CGCCAGCGCACCCCGCCCCUUUACCACCUGGAACGGCGCAGGCGCAGGCGCAGUGUCGGCAGCCGCAGUGGACGGGAGGCGAGCGGAGGGGAAAGUUGUCCAUCGGAAUCCGCUCCUUUAACGGUGAGAUCUUUGAUGACAAUACAGUCCUAUCCUGGACCCACAAGCUCUAUUGCAGCAAGUCUUGUGUUCCCAAGUGCUGAUCAUGGGACCUGUGCUGGUGCACAUUGGAUUUCUGGACUCCUGGCUGGUUUAACAAGCUUCCUGCACCCUUUGUUUGGUCUGCAUUUACACUCUCAGCAGAAUGGGGACCCAGGAAAUUCCUGUUGAGAAUCUUCAGGACGUUGAUUGUGUUGUGAGCAAGGAUGAGCCCUUGUCUUUGCACAAAGCUGUUGGCUCUGGUCACAUCCAGCAGAAUGAUGGGACGGGCAGAACCGGGAGUGAUGGCACCAACUCUGCUGAUAGCGAUCCAGAAGGCUCCCCAGUGAACACCUCAUGGGACAAUUCCAAAAGAACCUCUUCCGUCGAAUCCCUAGCUUCAUAUCAGAGCCUAGACGCGGUGUCGGAGGAUGAGACUGCAUCGGAGUGCAGAGAGUUCAUGAGGAGAUAUGUGGAAAAAAUUUUCACUGGGAGGGACGACAUUGGCCAAGAGGAAAAGGCCCGAUUUGGGGAGCUGUGCUCAGAAGAAAACAGUCAUGGCAGGGAGUGGUUUGCGAAAUACGUUAGUGCUCAGCGGUGCCAUUCCAAAUGCAUUUCCGAACAUGCUUUCUACCGAUUGGUGCAGUCUUUCGCUGUGGUUCUGUUUGAGUGUUACCAGAGGGAUGACUUCGGCCCAGCCAAGAAUCUGAUGACCAUGUGCUUCACCUUCUAUCACAUGGGCAAAUCACAUCCAAGCAUGCUUGAGCUGAAGAGAAAGGCCGCGGGGUCUGGGGAGAAAACUGGGAAUGGCUGGCUGGGUCGGAGAGACCUGCUGAAGAACACGGAAAACAUGAAGGGAUUCUUUGGGGCUCUGGAGAUGAAGCUGAAGAAUGGACAUGCGGUAAACCGGGCCCAGGAGAAGCCCAAGCAUGGAGCCUCGGAGAAGUCCUGUGCGGAGGAGACAAGAGGGCUGAAGGUUUACCUGUACACUCACCUGAAGCAGCAACCCAUCUGGCACAGUUUGCGGUUCUGGAAUGCUGCUUUCUUCGACGCCGUGCACUGUGAGCGCAGGAAACGAUCCCCCACCACCAGGGAGAAGUGGUGCCACAUGACCCCAGAGGAACGGGACGACACCCAUUGGUUUGACAAGAACAUUGCCUUUGGACAGCUAGGGACCUUCACACACAACAUGCUGGAUUUCGGGCUGAGCAGGGAACUGUGCACCAACUUCCUGAAGAAACAGUCAGUGAUUGGGAACCUGAAUCAAGGCAGGAUUACUGUCAUCUUUGAGGAUGGUUUGGGCCUGGUCGAUUUCCACCUCUCUAAACGACUCUGUGUCUUGUACAUUUCUGAGGCAGACCUCGUGGCUGGAAAUAGUUACAAGAAGAAACUUGUGCAAUUUCGGAAUGCGAGCACGUUGAAUGGGAUAGUGCUGGUGGAGAAGACCCGGCUGAGUGAGCAAUAUUUUGCUGGAGUGCAGAAGUUUGUCGUGUUGGAACUGGGCCUGACGCUGUUACCUGUGGCCAGUCAGUCUGAGGCUUCACAGCUCAUUGCCCAGCUGGUACAUGAGGAGAGUAGGGACCGGGACCACAAUCCAUUUCUGCGUAACAGCCGCUCUAUUUUGUCUGACGCUGGGAUCCUCGCCUCCGUCCAGAAGAUUCCUGGAGUCGGGAAGGUGAAAGCCAUGAAUCUCCUCUGUCGGUUCCCCAGUAUCCAGCAGCUCAGUGUUGCUACACAAGAGGAGCUGGAGCCAGUAACCGGACCAAAUGUGGCUCAGCAGAUCACAGAGUUCUUUUCACCAGUCCCCUGAGAGUGUCCCAACAGCCAGAUCACGCAGUUUACCACAGUUAAAGAUGCGGGGCACAGGAAACCUUCUCCAUAUGGAGCUGUCUGACCCUGGCUCUUCCCCACUGCUUGGUGUCCCAUGAACAGUCCACCAGAUCCCUGACACAUGUACGCAUCAGCUGCAGCUCCACCGAAGCCAUGCAGGUGCAGGAUGCAACAACCUCUCUCCUCUAUACGGGGUUGUUUGCUCUGAGCUUACCCCGCUGCUUGGUGUCUUGUGGACGACUUGCCAGCUGUGGCGUCACAGCUACACACCUCUAUAUGGGGCUGUCUGCUCCAACCCUACCCCACUGCUUGGUGUCUCUCACACAGCUGACUGCUGUAGCUACACAGAUGCAGGCAACAGGAAUCUCUACCUUCAUACAGGGCUGUGUCUACUUCACACCCGAUAUUUCAUGAACUUCUCGCCACUCCCCUGAAAAGACUCAAAUCAGCUGUCUGACAGAUACUCAAACAUGUGGCUUAACCGUAGCUAGAGACACAGGGAUCAGAAACCUCUACCCCCACAAGGGGCUGUCUGCUCCAACCUUGCCCCACUGUUUGGUAUCUCGUGAACUUCUCACUACUCCCCUGACACAGGCACACACCAGCUCCACAGGAGUGAGGCAUAGGAACCUCUAACUCCCUUACCCCACUACUUGUGCUUUUUCAGUUGUUGGGUCAAGCUGUGUGACUGCAGGGUACCACGGAUGUUCCUCAGCUCCAGUGAACAGCACUCCCACUGCUGUCCUGCGGAGCCACAUCAGGUGGGGAGGGGUGAGAGAUCUGUUCCUGUUGCAGGUCUGACUCUGCUGUGGCCACAGAAGGAGGAGAUGCUGGAGUUGGAUGUGUGCUGCUGGAUUCCACACUGGGUUGGAGACUGGCCCGUCCCGUCAGUAUUCACUUGGUGGGAGACAAAAACUGUUCUUGCAGAAAUGAGGCUCCAGGAUACCAUCCAUGCACCAUCAAUCUGAAGGCUGUGACACUCAAGGACUUGGGCUAUAUUAUUUUUUUAUUUUUUUGGUAAAUGUUUUUCUGCUUUCAUAAUUAUAUGUGCUGUGUGUCUGUUGAUUCUGUGUUUUGUACUUUAACCCCAGUAGAAUGCUGUUUUAUUUAGCUGUAUUCAGGGGUAAGGUCGAAUGACAAUUAAACAAACUUAAAAUAACGAAGCUCAAGGAUCUUCUGAAUGUGCUGUGUACUGGGAACUGGCACUGCGUUUGUACGUAGACCUAUUUCUGCCUCCUGUAAUUUGGGACUCUGGGCCAAAUUAGGAUGCAAUUUUCGUGUAAGGGGACUGCAGGGUUGGGGUGGGAGGGAGGAGUUCUGGCCAAGAUACUGGUGUGGUGUUGAGAUGUAACCCCGUCUCCUCCCCAGCUAGUCUCAUGGCACUGAAAAGACUGGAUACAGUCUGUCUGGGGAUGGGUACAGAAAGGACACAUGGUAAUGUGAUGACCAGCUCAGUACACCAGUCCUGUGAUUGGGGGGGAGCUUCUCAGAUACAGUCUGACUUGCCAAAUGUUCCCUUGGAACCUGGGGCAUGUGCUUCACAAGGCUGUGAUCAGACCCAUCCUGUGAUGUGUUGUUGACAACAGCACAGGAACAGGCCAUUCAGCCCACAAUAGUGUUACCAGAUAAAAAGCAAAUCACAAACACUGCUCCCUCCAACCCAUACUGUAUCCCACCAUCUUCCUUGCAUCCAUGUACCUUUCCAAACAUCCCUGAAAGCCUCCAAUGUUUUUGCCUCUGCCACCACACCAAGCAGCACAUUCCAAGCAUCCACAGUUCUGAGUUUAAAAAAAACUUGCCCCUCCCAUCUUGUUUAAACCUACUCCCUCUCACCUUCAAACAAGAGAAAGUUUGCAGAUGCUGGAAAUCCAUGUAACACACAAAAAAUGUUUGAGUAAUUCAGCAGCAUCUAUGGAAAAGAGGACUGGGAAAAAAUGGUGUAGUGGUAGAUUUAAAAGGUGGCGGGAGAGAGAACCACCAGGUGGUAGGUGAAACCAGGAGGGUGAGGGAUAAAGUAAAGAGCUGGGAAGUUGAAUGAUGAGAUGAAGUGAGAGAGGGAAAAAGGGAUGGGAAAUGGAGAAGUUGGAUGGUGGGGGAGGCAUUACAGGAAGUCUGAGACAUUGACGUUCAUGCCAUCUGGUUGGAGGCUAGCCAAACAGAAUGUAUGUGCUGUUUCUCCAACUUAUGAGUUGUCUCAUCCCGACUGUGGAGCAGGCCACAGACGGAUGUAUCAGAAUGGGAAGUGGAAUUAAAGUGGGUGGCCACUGGAAGAUCAUGCUAAAACAAGCGGACUAUGUGAAGCGGUCUCCCAAUCUAUGUUGGGUCUCACCAAUGUACAGGAGGCCACACUAGGAGCACCAGAUACAGUAAAUGACCCCAACAGACUCACAGGUAAAGCGUCGCCUCACCUGGAAGGACUGUUUGUGGCCCUGAGUGGUAUUGAGGGAGGAAGUGUAGGGGUAGGUGUAGCACUUGUUUCACAUGGAUAAGUGCCAGGAGGGAGAUCAGUGGGGAGGGAAGAAUGGACAAGGGAGUCGCGUAGGGAGCAAUCCCUGGGGAAAGCAGAAAGUGAGGGAGGGGGAGGAGAUAUGCUUAGUGGUGGGAACCCAUUGGAGAUGGCAGAAGUUUUGGAGAAUUAUGUGAUGGGCGCAAAGGCUGGUGGGGUGGUAGGUGAGGACAAGAGGAACCCUAUCCCUGGUAGGGUGAUGGAAUGAACUUGGAUCCCCAAGAUCUCUGCUCAUCAACACUGUUAAAUGUUCUUGCCCUUAAUUGUGUACUGUCUCUUUGCAUUUGCCCUACCAAAGCACAAUAUCUCAUAUUUAUCUGGGUUAAACUGCAUCUGCCUUUUCUCUGCCCAUAUCUGCAACUGAUCUAUAUUGUGCUGUAUUCUUUCCCAGUCUUCUACACUAUCCACAACUCCACCAAUUUUGGUAUCAUCUGAAAACUUUAUCAAACCCAUCUACAUUUUUAUUCAGGCCCAUAAGGCCAUAAGACAUGGGAACAGAAUUACACCAGCCAGCCCAUUGAGUCUGCUCCACCAUUCCAUCAUGGCUGAUCCCAGAUCCCACUCAACCCUGUACACCUGCCUUCUCACGAUAAUCUUUGAUGCCCUGACUGAUCAGGAAAUGAUCAACUUCCAUCUUAAAUAUACCCACAGCCUCCACCACAAUCUGUGGCAAAGCAUUGUACAGAUUUACUACUCUCUGGCUAAAAAAAUUCCUUCUACUCUGUUCUAAAGGGUCACCCCUCAAUUUUGAGGCUGUGCCCUCUAAUUAUGGAUACCCCCACUAUAGGAAUCCUAUCCACAUCCACCCUAUCUAGUCCUUUCAACAUUAGGUAGUUUUCAAUGAGAUUCCUAGCCAUUCUUCUAAAUUCCAGUGAGUAUAGGCCCAAAACUGCCAAACACUCAUUUGUUAACUCUUUCAUUCCUAGAAUCAUCCUCGUGAAUCUCCUCUAGACUCUCUCCAAUGACAACAUAUCCUUUCUGAGAUAUGGAGUCCAAAAUUGUUAACAAUACUCUAAGUGCAGUCUGACUAGUGUCUUAUGAAGCCUCAGCAUUGUCUCCUUGCUUUUAUAUUAUAUUCCUAAUGAAAUAAAUGCUAAUAUUGCAUUUGCCUUCUUUACCACAGACUCAACCCGUAAAUUAACCUUCUGGGAGUCUUGCAUGAGGACUCCUAAGUCCCUUUGUACCUCUGAUGUUUGAAACUUUUCCCCAUUUAGAUAAUAGUCUGCACUAGAGUUCUUUUUAUGAAAAUGCAUUAGCAUACAUUUCCCAACACUGUAUUCCAUCUGCCAUUUUUUGUCCAUUCGUGGGAAACUUGUCUAAGUCCUGCUGCAAUCGCAUUGCUUCCUCAGCACUACCUAUCCCUUCACCCAUGUUUGUAUCAUCCGAAAACUUUGCCAUCAAACCAUCAAUUCCAUUAUCUAAGUCACUGAAAAACAGCAGUCCCAAUACUGACCCCUGAGGAACACCACUAAUCACUGGAAGCCAACUGGAAAAGGCCCCUUUUAUUCCCAGUCACUGCUUCCUGCCUGUCAGCCAUCCCUCUAUCCAUGCCAGUAUCUUUCCUGUAACAUCAUCCACUGCCUCUCCUUUGUCCACUCUGCUUGUUACUUCCUCAAACAGAUUUGUCAGGCAAGAUUUUCCUUUACAGAAACCAUGCUGACUUUGACUUUAGUCUCCAAGUACCUUAAAACCUCAUCCUUAAUAACAAACUCCAACACUUUCCCAGCCACUGAGGUUAGACUAACUGGCCUAUAAUUUCCUUUCUUUUGCCUUCCUUCUUUCUUAAAGAGUGAAUUGACAUUUGCAAACUUUUAGUUCUCUGGUCUGGGACCAUGCCAAAAUCAAGUGUUUCUUGAAAGACCAUGGCAUCAGCAAUCUCUUCAGCAACUUCUCUCAGGACUCUGGGAUGUAGAGAUUAGGAAGAGUAAAGGGAAAAAAAAAUCAAUGGUGGGAGUUGUCUUUUGGCCACCAAAUGAUAAAAUUACAGUGGCACAGGCAAUAGAGAAAUAGCUGAGGCGUGUAAGUAUGGAACAGCAGUUCUCAUGAGGGUCUUUAACUUACACAUAGAUUGGGUGAAUCAAGUUGGUCGAGGCAGUUUUGAGGAGGAUGUCUUUGUAGGUUCGGUAGCAUCCGUGGUGUUACUGAACCUACAAGGGAACGUGCUAUCUUAGAUCUGGUCCUGUGCAAUGAGACAGGUAAAAUGAAUGAUCUUAUAGUUAGGGAUCCUCUUGGAAUGCAUGAUCACAGUAUGAUCGAGUUUCUCAUACAAUUGGAGGGUGCAAUAGUUGGAUCUAAAACCAGUGUAUUGUGUCUAAACAAUGGAGACUACAGUGGGAUGAGGGAGACUUUGGCUGGUGUAGACUGGACUGGGAACACAGGAACAGCAGAAGACUUUCAAAGAGAUUUUUCACGGUGCUCAACAAAAGUACAUUCCUGUUAAAAGCAAGGACAGUAAGGGUGGGGAGAGCCAGCCUUGGAUGACUAAGGAAAUAAGACAUCAAACUAAACGCUUGUGUAUACAAAGUCGCUAAGAGUACUAUAGUGGGAAACUGGAAGAUUGGGAAAACUUUAAAAAGCAACCGAGAACCACGAAGAUUAGGAAAAUAAACUAGCAGAAAAUAUAUAAAACAGAUAGUAAAAGUAUUUACAAUUAUAUACAGCGGAAAAGGGUGGCUAAAGUGAACGCAGGUCCCUUGGAAGACGAGAAGGGGGAAUUGACAUUGUCCCUGAUUAGCUGUGCAACUCUGCCCCUCCCCCCAUGGGACUGGUCUUGGGGGAGCUCCUCAAAGAUAGUCAGCAGAGUCUGAGGUCUGAAAUUAAUGACUACUGAGUGAUUGGAUGAAACAAACAUUUUGCUGGGAAAGGCCAGGAGAGAUUAUCAACCAGAACCUCCCAGCCUACCCGAUCAGAGGGGACAGGCUAAUUACAAUCAAACUUACCCCCUCCCA